AUGUCACCAGCGCAAGCAAUCCUGCAGAUGGUCCCUCUCAUGGGCAGUUCCCCUCCUCAGCUCUACUCCUUCCCCCCAUUGUUCUUCCUCAUGAACUCUCCUCCUUCCUCCUUGAUGUCUCCACUGAUUCCUCCCAUGGCAUUGAUGGUCAUGUCUCCCACGAUGUCUCCUGCAACUACUGUCCUCAUGCACUACAUGACCGGUCAACCCACCAGAUCUACAGAGAGGAGUUGUGGCAUUUCUGAGACAGCUGGAAUGAACCGACUGCAACUAUGGCGGCCGUUGCAGGGCCGUGUGCCAUAUGACCACUCUGGAGCGCAUAUUCCCCUGUCCGAAGGUGACUUAAACCGUAUCUUAACUGUCAUUGGUCACUUGUUGGCUAGUGGGACUAAGGAAACAUAUGGUUUGGGAUUACUGGUUUUUCAUGUUUUCUGUGAUGUGCAAGGGAUUCCCGAAGAGCAGCGUGGUCCUGCCUCUUCCCUUCUGAUUUUAGCCUUUAUUGCCAGCUGUGCAGGCAUGUAUUCUGGGAAGACUCUCGAUAACUAUUAUUAUGGGGUGCGUGCUUGGCACCUGCUCCACAGUCUCGUUUGGUUAGCAGAUCCUGCUCAAGUGGCCUCAGCAUUGGAAGGAGGUGCUCGUUUUGCUCCUGCAAAAUCCACACGUCCUAAAUGUUGUCCAUUCACGGUUGCAACUCUUCGCGCCAUUUGUUCCACAAUGGAUCUAUCUGCUCCCCUCGAUGCCGCAGUAUAUGGAUGUCUGGUCACAUCGUUCUUUUGUCUCACUCGUCUUGGAGAAUUUACCUCACAUUCUCUGACUUCCUUCAAUUCUGCGCUUCAUGUGAAGCCUUCUGACAUCUGUUUUGAUGAGGAUUGUCAUGGGCUGAAGGUCACAGUGCUCCACCUACCACAAACCAAAAUGUCAACUAUGGGUGAAGACGUUUACUUUGCACCUCAGUCUGGAGAUGUCGACCCUCACCAUGCACUAUCCAAUCACUUGUUUGUCAAUACCCCCUCUCCUUCUGCUGCAUUGUUUAGUUGGCACCACCAAAAAGGCCUUUGCCCUUUGACUCACUCUGCCUUUUUGAAUUGUCUGGAUCGUGCAGCAACGCAACUUGGGAUGGAGUCCUUGACCAGGCACAGAUUGCAUAUUGGGGGUACAUUAGAGUAUCUACUGCGCAGGGUGCCUUUCGAGACUGUAAAGUCCAUUGGGCGAUGGAAAGGCGAUGCUUUUGUGGGAUAUCUUCAUCAACAUGCCAUUAUUAUGGCACCAUACCUUCAAGAAUCACCUGUUCUUGAGCCUUUUACUUGUUAUGCACUUCCUGCAGUGCGUUGA